AUGGCAUUUGUUGUCAUCGAUGAGGCGAGACAGCAAUUCGAUCAACAGAUCGACUUCGGCAACAUAAAUGUCAUCAUGUGUCUUGGCCAGCUGCCAAUCGCCGCCAAACGCUCCCAAUGUCCGGGCCAUUCAGCAUGCUCUAUUUAG